CAAUCAUAGUGACUCUGAGGACUGUCAACUUCUCCUAGGGCAGAUUACCCCCAGUGCGCCAAACGCCAUAGCUCACUCGUUUAGCUACGGAAUCGAGUGAUUCAACUUUCAGUGGAAAGCUGACACUGCCAGCUACAACAUAUCCGAUUUUCAGAUCGUUUCACCGAUUGGAGGCUGGGAACUCCAUGUGGCCUCAUGCGGUGAGGCAUGCUACAGUGGCAAGGAACCGCGUACUCACAAAGGUGGCUGAUGAUAUGUGGGUGCCGCUGGAGAGGCAGCUGAAGGAGAAGGAGUUGAGAGUGAAGACCAGAGGCAAUUCCAAUCCAUGGUCGGGACCUACUCUACGCUGCUGUGCAUACUCGGCCUGACAUCAGCUUUGCUGUGGACAGCUGGCUC